GCGGAGAAACACUACCAUACAUGAACACUAAAAACAAUCUAAAAAUAGUUAGGAGACAACCCAUAACUACAACUUAAAGUUUAGUGCUUGAAUCAAAACAGGUUCUUAGGUGUGUGAUCAUACAUCAUCAUGAUAUCAUAUUGUACCAUGUAGGUAUGAUAUCACGAUUGCUAAAUGUUGCUAGGUACUUUGAAUGCAAUUUUAGCUACUAAAAUAAAAAGUCCUUUUCAUUUCUAACUAUUCCUGAUCAUGCGUAUUAUAUUACUUGGCGUACCUACCAGAAUAUCAGCUUAUUCAUCUUGUCCAAUUGUUUCUUGAUUGGCCAACUUCAGCGAACAUGCUACCACGAUACUAUCGGUUCUCUGCAACAAACGUAUUCAAAUUAUCUCUAUUCGUAAAUGGUAAUUGAUUUAUUUGCAUUUCAAGUUUUCAAUACCUACCUUCUUAUUAGCAUUGAUUUCACAGUAUCCAUAAAAUGUAUAGCAAAACUGGUUUUUGAUUUAUUACACGAUCCAGUAAUGCCACAAAAGCUUCUAGCAAUGCCGAAAUUCCACAAAAUUUGUCAGUUAUAAAAUGUAGCGAACGCUAAUUUACAGACAUUUGAUGUUAAUUUCGCUGGUGACGGGCGAAGUGCCUUUUACUAGCUAGAUACUGGACGUGGGCGAGAAAUAAUUACACGCGGGUAAUUCUGAGUAAUUACUACCCAUCUGACCUAUUUUCCAUAAUUAACCUACUACCAAAAAAAAAAACUUUAAAUGACAGGGCGAUGAAAACCUAAAAUGACAUCAGAUUUUGGCAUACAUAAUCAAAGUUUCGUGAAGUUUAUCUUCCUUUUAUUAUUGUGUAUUCCUUCCGGCCGCCAAAAUUUCCCGUAACCAGAACAAACCAAUUAAAUGUCUAUUAAACAAUGCUCUAAAUUUGCUAAAGCGUGGAAACAAAAUGUUUGCCAAAAAAACACCCGUUAAGUUAGAACACGAACCGAACUGUAGCAACGCGAAUGGCAAAGAUGCUUUGCCCGAAGUGGCCUUAGCAGCCAUUCUCUCUUACAAAAAGCAAAAAGAGAUCGGCGACUUUAUGAGUUUUUUCCUCGACGCUCUCGAACGGAAUUCCGAUUGGCUGAACGGUGUCCUCAGCAAGCAAACUAACUUCAGAUGCGCGUUGAUGGUCGGUGCCGGCCCGAACCGAUUUCAACUCCAGGAAGUAAUAUACCCGAACGGCGAAAAAGAUCUCAACCUAGAAGUAGAGCACAGAGAUUCUGAAGAUUUAGACAAAGUUGCGAUCGCCGGUAUUUUAAAUCUACCAAACUAUGAAAUAGACAAUCUCUUGAGGUAUAUCAAAACUCGUCUAAACGAGAAUCCGAUGAGAGACGAUUUCAUUAAAGGCAAAGAGUUGGGAAUUAAUUUUGCAGUUUUGAGACCGUUUAGCGACAAUCAGUAUAGAAUAAUGGAGAGAAUUGUUAUCAGUAGUUCUAUGAAAUGUUUCGAGCCCCAGAUUCAGAAAAAACGAAAGCGCGAUGAAAAGAAUUUAGCUAGAUCACCGUUAAAAAGGGCUAAACGUGUGGCAUAAUACUAAUUGAAAACAUUUCAAAACAUUAUAAUCACAUCUCAGACACAAAAUAAUACUAAAAUAAUGAAUGAAUGUGAUCUGUAUCGACAAACUGAAUGAACAUUAGUGUGAAAUAGAUUGAAAUGAGCGAUUGUUCGUUACGGUGCACCGCAUUGGGUCAUGUAGCAUGUAAUGAGGGCAAUUUGGGGCGACUGUAAAAUGCGGCGAUCAAGGCAAAUUAUACUCGUUUCUGCAUUGAUAGCUUCCGAUUACCUAUGAUGGAUGGCGCGACGGCGCUGGCGAAAUUUUAUGUGAUGACAAUAUUUUAAAAUAUAUACUUUCAAUAUUUUUGCUAAUGUUAUUAGAAACAUUACCAGUUUUUGGAAAAAAUAUAUGCUACAAUUGUAUUUCAUUUUUGUCUAUUUAUAAUCAUCAUCAUCAUAUCAGCCGAUGGACUACCACUGCAGGACAUAGGCCUUUUGUAGGGACUUCAUACAUACUGAGCCAACUGCGUCCAGCGAAUCCCUGCAACUCGCUUACUAGUGCGGAGUUGCCAUUCCAGCACUUUGGGACCUCAACGUCCAUCGGCUCUUCGAACUAUGUGCCCCGCCCAUUGCCACUUCAGCUUCUCUCGUUGAGCUAUGUCGGUGACUUUUGUUCUUCUGCGGAUCUUCUCAUUUCUGAUUCGAUCACUCAGAGAUACUCCUAACAUAGCUCGUUCCAUCGCCCGCUGUGUGACUCUGAGCCUUCUUAUGAGGCCCCUAGUUAGCGACCAAGUCUCGGAACUAUAGGUCAUCACUGGCAACACGCACUGUUCGCAGACUUUUGUCUUCAGGCACUGAGGAAUUUAUAUUUAUACGUAUCGUAUCGUACAAAUUGAACUGGUUUGAUUAAUAUAAGUUACAGUUGGGAACACUUAUAAGAUAUUGUUGCAAUAUUCAUAAGUUACGCC